GAGUUUUUUCUCUCUUCCCCCUCAUUUUGCUUUUCGAGUUAUUUUCCCCCUGGAUAAUCUGGAAGAAGAAAAAAAGGAGUCUCUCCUUUCUGCUUGGCUGGGUUUUUGGGGUUUUUUGGAGGGGGGGUUUAUCCCCCAGAAUGUAUCCACAAGGACGGCAUGCUUCUGGACAGCCUUUCAAGUUCUCGGUUUUGGAAAUCUGCGACCGGAUCAAAGAAGAGUUCCAGUUCCUGCAGGCUCAGUAUCACAGCUUGAAGUUGGAAUGUGAGAAGCUGGCUAGCGAGAAGACAGAAAUGCAGAGGCAUUAUGUGAUGUACUACGAGAUGUCUUACGGCUUGAACAUCGAGAUGCAUAAGCAGGCAGAGAUUGUUAAACGGCUCAGCGCUAUUUGCGCCCAGAUCAUCCCCUUCCUUACACAAGAGCACCAACAGCAAGUGCUGCAAGCUAUGGAUCGGGCAAAACAGGUGACGAUGGGUGAAUUGAACAGCAUUAUUGGGCAGCAGCAACUCCAGAACCUCUCCCACCACGCUCCUCCCAUCCCGCUGACCCCACACCCUUCGGGCCCACAGACCUCUAACUUAGUGGCGGUCAGCACCUCCUCUGGGCUCCUGGCGCUGUCCGGGGUGCUGGCCGCUCAGACGGCGCUGGCGGCGAAGGAGGAGAGGUCGUCUCGCGACUCUGAGAACCACCAAGAACACGCUUCAAGUCGGAGCAAUUCGGCCUCUCCCCCUGAGAGCUUGCAAGGCGAGGAUCCGCUGGACAGCGCGGGAGCAAAGCGCAAGCAGGAGGGCAAGGAGGAGGUGAGGCUCUACGAAAGCGACGGGGAGAGGAGCGACUACAAUUUGGUCGUGGACGAGGACCCUUCUUCUGAACAUGGCAGCCCACCCUGCGCAUCUGCCACGAAGGUCGUUCCGGUCCGGAGAGAUCUCUCGGGCAGCCCUGCCUCUCUGCCAUCCAGCAGGAGCGACACCCCCCUCAAAGCGAAAGAGCAGAGCCCGAAUGACGACAACCCUGCCCCAUGCAAAUCCGCCAGCCUGUCUCCGCCCCACGAUUCCUUGACCCCCGGCCUCGGUCCCAGCUGCGCCCCUCAACUCCAACAGGUCUCCUCUAAGCCACCCACCACAGAUGCCAUCACCCUCCGGAGCCCCCUGAGCAUGGCCAGUUCAUAUGCUUCGUCCUUCGGGCUAAUGCCCCAAGCCACACUCAACGGCGAUCUCACCGCUCCCCGAUCAUACGUCAGCAUACACCUGUCCCCGCAGAUUAGUGGAACCGUUCUGUACGGACGUUCCCCCAUGGUAGCCUUUGAAUCUCACCCUCACUUAAGAGCUUCGACCGCUUCGGCUUCCCUGCCUUCCGUUCCAGGUGGCAAACCAGCCUACUCCUUCCACGUCAGCUCCGACGGACAGAUGCAGCCGGUGCCCUUCCCGCCCGACGCCCUCAUCGGCUCUGGCAUCCCUCGCCACGCCCGCCAGCUCCACACACUGACGCACGGGGAGGUGGUCUGCGCCGUCACCAUCAGCAAUUCCACGCAGCACGUCUACACGGGGGGCAAAGGCUGCGUGAAGGUGUGGGACGUGGCCCAGCCGGGCGCCAAGACCCCCGUGGCGCAGCUGGACUGCCUGAACCGGGACAACUACAUCCGCUCAUGCAAGCUCCUCCCAGAUGGGCGGAGCCUGAUCGUGGGCGGGGAGGCCAGCACCCUCUCCAUUUGGGAUCUGGCGGCACCAACUCCCCGGAUCAAGGCGGAACUGACGUCCUCUGCCCCGGCCUGCUACGCCCUCGCCAUCAGCCCCGAUGCCAAGGUCUGCUUUUCCUGCUGCAGCGAUGGCAACAUCGUGGUCUGGGACCUGCAGAACCAGACUAUGGUCAGGCAGUUCCAGGGCCACACGGACGGCGCCAGUUGCAUCGACAUCUCCAAUUACGGCACCAAGCUUUGGACUGGGGGCCUGGACAACACCGUGCGGUGCUGGGACCUCCGGGAAGGGCGCCAGCUACAGCAGCAUGACUUCAGCUCUCAGAUUUUCUCCCUGGGCUACUGCCCCACGGGCGAGUGGCUGGCGGUUGGGAUGGAGAGCAGCCACGUCGAGAUUCUUCACGUCACCAAGUCGGAAAAGUACCAGCUCCACCUGCAUGAGAGCUGCGUUCUGUCGCUCAAGUUCGCCUCCUGUGGAAAAUGGUUUAUCAGCACAGGGAAAGAUAAUCUCCUCAAUGCCUGGCGAACACCUUACGGUGCAAGCAUAUUCCAGUCCAAAGAGUCGUCUUCGGUGCUGAGCUGUGAUAUCUCGGCCAACGACAAAUUCAUCGUGACGGGAUCGGGAGACAAGAAGGCCACUGUUUAUGAACUGGUGUACUGAGAAGGAAGGAAGGAAGGAAGGAAGGAAGGAAGGAGGCGUCUCGACUGUCCUUGUAAUUUUCAUAUUUUGUUUUUUCGGACUCCCUCGCCCAGCCGGAGCCUCUAGCUCCCACCUCCCUCCGACAGCCAUGAACUUGAUGGACGGAGACUUGUCCAGGAAAUCCUAUCCGGCGAUCUUCCCUUUUGACGUUGCUUGCCGCCCCAUGAGGACUAGGAACCUCCCUUUUUUAAAUUAAAAGCAGCGGCGAAUGUUCUCAGGAAGCUGCGCUGGAAUCAAGCGGUCCCCAAGCAGUUUUGCUCACCUAGAGGGGUCUCCCUGCCACCCCCACCCCCCAUGAACAAAUGAGAUUUUCCCCUUCCUCACACUUUGAUUGACAAGCAAGAGAGACCAACCGCUGCCCUCCUCUACGUCUCCUGCCAGCCCCUUCCCACCACACGGACGUUUAAAAGCACCGCCGACUUUCCCCUCUGGUGCGUGCUAAAGAAAUCGUCCGUCUUAAAUCGCCCCCUAAUUAAAUGUGUUGGAAAA